CUUUAGAUGACGCGUAUAAUAGUAACAGGAGAGCUCAAUGUUUAAUUCUUUAUGUAAUGUUGUUGAUUACUUCAUUAUUUUAGGUGAUAUGGCACCGAAACAUAAAUCCGGUUGUGCGAAAAGGAAAAAAUGUAAAAGGGAUCUUGCACUUGCUGAAUCACAAAAAGGGGCUCUAAAAAUGUAUUUUCCGGCAACAAGUAGUGUUGAUGUCAAUAAUGAUAAUCAAAUUGAAGAAUCUGAACAUGAUCAAGAUGAUGAUCAUAAUUCAAAUGUUGAUCAUGAGUUAGUAACUAAUUAUAAUUUCUUAAAUUUAAAUGUUGAUUCUCUGUUAUCACUAUACGAUCCUAGAACAUGGGAUAAUCUUGACAACAGCAAACGGGAUAUUCUAAUUGAAAAGGGGCCUGUGAGAGAAAUGGAUCUGGUGUUCCCAAAGGAUGAUGAGGGUAGACAUUUCUCAUAUUUUUACUACACCAGAAAGUUAGCUAAUGAAGAGGUUAUUCACAGAGAGUGGUUGGUUUACUCUAAAGAGGUUGACAAAGUUUAUUGUUUUUGUUGCAAGUUAUUCAAAUCAAAUCAGAACAGGUCAUUGCUAGCAUCUGAUGGAUUGAGGGACUGGAGGCGUAUUAGUGCAAGACUCAAAGAACAUGAGGUUAGUGUUGAACACUUUACCAACAUGAAUACAUGGAAUGAACUAAGGUUGAGGUUAAGCAGAAACAAAACAAUUGAUGAUGAGAUGCAGCAGAAGGUUGCAAAGGAAAAAGAGCGUUGGAGACAGGUAUUGCUCAGGAUAGGCAUAUUUCCAACAGUCUCCUUAGUGAAGUUUCUUGCAAAACGUAAUUUGGGAUUUCGAGGAACAAAUGAGAAGCUGUUUGAACAUAAUAAUGGCAAUUUUUUGGGCUCAGUUGAAAUGAUUGUUGAAUUUGAUCCUGUGAUGCAAGAACAUAUUAGGCGCAUUCAAAACAAGGAAAUACAUCAUCAUUAUCUUGGCCAUGGUAUUCAGGAUGAGUUGAUCUUACUUCUUGCUGAUUCCGUCAAAAAGUUUAUCUUAAAGACCAUCAAGGAUGCCAAGUAUUUCUCUGUUAUAUUGGACUGUACUCCAGAUGUGAGCCAUGAAGAACAAAUGAAGCUAAUUGUGCAUUAUGUGAAUAUGUCAAGUAACAUUCCAAGAGUCGAGGAGUUUUUCCUAGAGUUUUUAAAGGUUCAUGAUACAUCAGGAUUAGGGCUUUUUAAUGUGUUGAUGGAUACAUUGGACUCUCUUGAUCUGGACGUUGCUGAUGUAAGAGGGCAAGGUCUGACUCUCAAACCUUUGUCUGAUACUCGUUGGGAGAGCCGAAUAAAGAGUGUGCAACCUAUAAGGUACCAAACUUCCCAAGUAAGAUCAGCUUUGAAGGAGUUGGAGAAGACUGCUAGGGAGGAUAAUGAUCCAGCUACAAAGUAUAGAGAUGAAGGCUUCAAUUCUAGUAUUGAAAGUGCCAAAGCCAUUGCGUUGGAUAUGGGCAUAGAGCCCCAAUUUCGUACAAAACGUAAAAGUAAAAGGAAGAAGCAUUUUGAUGAAAUCAAUGAUGAAGAUGAAGAUCUACAACUGUCAGCUAUUGAAUCCUUCAGAGUUACAUACUUUCUUGUCAUUGUUGACACCGCAAUUGCUUCAUUGUCUAGUCGAUUUGAUCAGCUGAAGGCAUUUGAAGAUUUGUUUGGUUUCUUAUUCAACUCAAAUAAUCUGAAGUCUUUGGAUGAAAAGCGCCGCUAUGAGAUCCAGCAGGAGAUCCGGGCAAGACAAGCCAUGUGUGCCGCCCGCAUUGCUGUCGGGCUACGUCCAGACUCGUCAAAGCCGGAGGAGGAGGAGCAGCCGGGGGAAGAGGGGGAGGAGGAGCUAGCUCCGAUGCAGGUGGAGGAGGCGGAGCUAUCGGAGCAGCAGUUGUCAGGCUUCAACAUGGAGCAGACGGAGGCGAAGUUCGCCGUUGCCCGGUCUGACGAGAUAGCGGAGCAACAGGCCAUCCUGGAGUCCAUACAGGAUGAGUCCUAUGUGGUGGCCAACCGGGCGUUCCUCCAGCAGGAGUAG